CCACAUUGCCUUGCUCACCAAGCAAACACAAUAUUCCUCUUCAUGAUUUCACGCUUGCUAUAAAAUACCUUACUGAGCCUCUCUCUGUCUCUCUCUCUCUCUGUCUCUCUCUUUUCUUUGAAAACCAUGAACCGCCUCCGCUAGGGUUAGGGUUUUUGAUUCUCAAUGAUCUCUCUUUUUCGUGUCUGAAAAACCCCUGUUCUCUCUCUCUCUCUGUCAGUCUCUGUGUGUGUGUCUCUCUCUAAUGGCUAGGCAAGAAAACUUAAACUUGUUCGCCCUUUUGGGUGAUGAAGCAGAAGACAGCGACGACGUUUCGACGCUCAUCGAAAGCGUCGUGAAGGUCGACCCUAGAGUGGCGGCGGAGGAGAAGAGGAGGAAGAAGAAAAAGAAUAUGGAGGCGGAGAAACCUAUAGGUAUCAAUUUGGAUGUGGAUUCCAAUAACUAUAAGAGCAACAACAACAACAACAACAUCGUCGUCGAUAUGAGAGCGAAGCCUAUUGUGCUCCCUGAACAUGUUACAAGAAGAGAUAUUGUUGUAAAUAAAAAGCAGUCAGACGAGCAGGGUCAGAGUCGUGGUUCUGAAAGGUUUGGGCCAGGUGGGAAUGGUUCUCAACGUAAUUAUGGAGGGGCUGAUGGAUAUCAGCGUAACAAUGGAGGGCGGAAUGGUUAUCAACGGAGUAACAGGGGAUCUGAUGGCUAUCCUCCAAAUAAUGGAGGGGCUGAUGGAUUUCAGAGAAACAAUGGAGGGUGUUAUAAUGGAGGUGCUGAUGGAUAUCAGAGUAACAAUGGAGCGCGGAAUGGUUAUCAACGGAGUAACAGGGGAUCAGAUGGCUAUCAGCCCAAUAAUGAAGGGGGUAGUGGUUAUAAUGGGAACAAUGGAGGGGAAAAUAGUUUCCAGAGGACUGAGGGAGCUGAUGCUGUAAAUGCGGUAGGGGAUGGUUGGCAGGUGCAGGGGCGUGUUCGUGUCAGUGGAGGCAGAGGGAGAGGGGGAGGUAGGGGAAGAGGCCGUGGUAGAGGGAGGGGAUUUAAUGAAGGUCACGAGUUUGGAAGUGAGAACCAAGAUGUUGUGAGCAGUUAUCCAUCUGAUAAGCCAGGCCAGGAUACAAAUGAUGGUGGCAGUGUGGAACAGAAUGAGUUUCAGGGUAAAGUUCGCAAAAGUGAGGCACUAUCUGAUGAGAGACCUAGAAAUGUGAAUUGGGGUACUGGUGGUGGUAGAAAGGGUAAUGGUAGGGGAAAUCAUGGUUUCAGGGGACAAGAUAGCCGUCCUUAUGAUAGACAAUCUGGACCUAAUAAUAGAAGAGGUGAAGUGUCUAAUGAUACUGAAGCGAAGGAAAACCGUGGUGGUGAUAUUGGGACUGCAGUGCAAGUUGAUAACAGUGCUGGAGCUGAAUGGGAUAUUCCUGUGACUACUGAAGAACCUAAAGAUGCAGAUCAUGAACAAGGGAAGCUUAAAGCUCAAGAUAAUUCUGAAAAGAAGGCCAAACAUGCUGCUGAUGAUGAUGAAGAAGAGAAGAAUAUGACACUUGAGGAAUAUGAGAAGGUGUGUUUUGAGAAGAGGAAAGCAUUGGAAUCUUUGAGAAAGGCUGAGCAGAGAACGGUCACUCUUGAUAAGGAUUUUGAGUCAAUGCAACUUGUUGAGAAAAAGAAAGAUGACAGCCUUGUCAUCAAACCGAAGUCCGAGGAGAAGCUUAAGAAGAAAAAUAGCCUUGAAAAAGAUGAGAAAGCUCGGAAGUCGAUGAACAUUAAUGAAUUCCUGAAACCAGCUGUUCCUGCUCGUGGUGGCCGUGGCCGUGGUCGUGGUCGGGAGCGUGGGGGCCAAGGUGAGUUUAAGGGUGAGCGUGGUGCCCGAGGUGAGUUUAGGGGUGAGCGUGGUGCCCGAGGUGAAUUUUUGGGACAGCGACCUCAGGUGGAGGAUGUUCCUGCCCCUAGCAUUGAAGACCCUCAACAAUUUCCUGUUCUGGGAGGAGCUAUCAAAGCCUGAAUUUUGUUGGUCGUUGGAUCAAUUUUUUUUUUUUUUUUUUCAUCUUAUAUUGGGGCACUAGGUUCUAGCUUCUACUUGGGCCAUAAUUUUGAAUAGUCUUUGGAGGGUUUCUACUUAGGCAUCUCUCUUCUUUUGGAACAGCUUCGAGUUUCUACUUAGAAUCUUGUUGUCACGUCUAUGCUUUAACAGGAUUUGGUAAAAAUUUUCGAUGUGUAUUAUGCAAUUCUGUUUCUGUGUUUCAUUUCUUAUGAUAGUUAUAUCAUUAGUUUUUCUGUCAA